AUGGGUUUUACAGGGCUUGCGAGAUGGGUGAAUGCGCCAGUCCAUGGCAGUCUGAGUAUCAUUUCCAACAACAUCCUAGAAAACUACAAUGGAAAAAUUGUUGGCAACUGGAACAUCACUAUUAAAGCAUUCCGCCUCCCUAUGCCCCCAUUUCGUGACAUGCCGGUGCCGGAUCGAAUUAUGUGCACCCUCCAAAUGAACGACUCCGUCUUCGUUCUCGUUGAAGAUAGUGUCUCACCUGAGCGCGCCAUGGUCGUCGAUCCCGCUAACUCAGGCGACAGUUUCUUACAGAGUUGCACGCACUAUCGCACAACACUAGUAACUGUAAGACCUCCGAUGGCACUUGAGCAACUCAUCUCGCAGCUCAAGUCUCGGUGGGUUGCAGCCAGGCAAUCGACAUCAGGCGGCGCCCAAAGGAAUCAAGCAAUGUCAAGUCAACAAUUGACGAUAGAAGGCAUGGUGUUUGCAAUAGGGACAGACUGGUUGGUGAGAGUUGGCAAUGUGAUGCUGUCGACGCGAGAGAUGAAGGGAUUAAUCAUAGAGGCUGAAUAUCUACCCGUUGGCCGUUUACAUUCACCGACCGUAGACGGGACAUCUGAGUUGCUCUCGAAUAUGUUGACCGCACUCUUGCCCCCACGGCCAGACGCCAAAACGCUUGCAGUAACUAGUAACGACAGUCAAUGGGCCGGUGUCCUUUCUGUGCGCGAAGACGACGAAGCAGCGAGACAGCAACCACCGAAAGAAAGUGAUGUUCCCGUCGAGGACGAGGACGAUAUUUACGCUUACGGCGACGACCCCCCUCCUCCUACCAAAGGGGACUGGUUCGGCAUUGACAGAGACCGUCGAUCAGCUUACCUGGUUAUGGGCGGAUUGCGUUCGGAAGGACUACUAUAA